AUGGAGACUGUCAACAAAUACGUCAACGCUGCUUCGACUGUCAUCUGGGGCGGGGACAACUCCCCCAAGCCCAACAGCACGGCGAAGAGCCCAUCUCCGGUGUCCAAGGCAGAGGACGUGCCACAGAUCCCUAUGACGCCGGCAACCGCGAUGCAACCCGGCGCAAUUAAAUCAAACGCCAACACCGCACCCCAACAUCCCAUCAUAGACAACAAGCCCCAAGAAACCGAGGUGACCAGCAUUACCACUCCUCGCGCCCCAACCUCCAUCAGCGCCUGUACCAGCGUGACCCCAGCUCUAUCCAUCUCCGGCGACCCCACGGAAGCUAGCCAAAGCAAAGAAAACAAGCCCAUCUCCGGCGGCUAUACAGAGUCCAGCGGCCGCAAAGACGACAACGACUCCGGCUACAACCAAGAACAGCGCAGUACCAGUACCUCGCAGGCCGAAGGUGGCGAGGGUAGUGACGCUCCCCGCCCAGUGCACAACAAGGUAGUGAGCAAGGAGGCGCUCCAAGGCCCGCAGGUUUCUGCGCCGAGCCCUGCUGAGGACUUUGAGAAGGAGUUUAGAGGAAAGAAGCCUGCGGGCAAGGAGGAUGAUAUCGAGAAGAGUUCUUCCAGUGAAUCUAACGGGAACAGCAACAAGUCUUCUUCUUCUUCUUCUUCUUCUUAUGGUAAUGGGAAGCAGGGUCCUAUGUCGAAGGUGAAGGAGAGUGUCAAGAAGCAUAUUCAUUAUUCGAGCAAAUAA